GGAUGACCUACAGACAACAUCAAUCAACCCUAUCCAAAAAUGAAACAGGUCUGCAAGAAGCAUAGUUAACUUUCAGGCUAGACAGAUAAUGGAUGUAUCUGUUCUGCCAAGUCAUAUGAGGCCUCUGCAAUGGCUUUUGGGGAAAUGGGAGGCAAAGAAUGGGGAAGGACUUUCCUCAACAGGAGAGCCAUUCAAGUACACUGAAAAGGUGGAAUUCUCCAACAUUGGACAACCUGUCAUCAAUUACACAGCUACAUCCUUUGAUGCGGGGAAUGGAACUCUGAUGCAUAUGGAGUCAGGAUUCAUCCGCUGUCAUCCUGAAAGUAGAAAGAUUGCCUUCACGACAGCACACAAGUUUGGUGCUGCCAUGGUAGAAGAGGGAUACAUCAAUGAAGAUGGUAAUGAAAUAAUCCUUGAAAGCCUCCAGAUCUCCACCAUGUCUUUUGCUGAAGUGCCAACUGUAAUGCAGACAAAGCGGGUGUACAGAAAGAAAAAUGAUGAAAUGGAGUAUAUCUUCAGCAUGGCAACAGCAAAAGCUCCUGAGAUCCAGGCGCACCUACAUGUCAUAUACAAGAGAUGUGAUUGACCUGUGUCUUUACAUACUCCUCAGGGAAACACAUCACAUCUACUAGUCCUCAACAACAAUUAGAAUUAAUAUUUGUUGUCUUCCCCGUGUGUGAUAUUGUUGCCACUAUGCUAACUUUUUAUUUUGUUUAAUGUCUUUAUAACUGACUGAUAACCUGUGUGACAAUUGAUCAGGCUCAUAAAAUGUUAUUUUUACAAAUGUGCAAUGCAAGUGUGCCAAGCUAAUCUCAGUGCUA